AUGGGACGCAAGGACGACUCCUCCGAAGACGACUUCCUACUAGAGAGUGAUGACGAUGACGACUUCGUGUCUUCGGCGCCGGCGAAGGCCAAGUCGCCGGCCUCGGCCAAGGCCACGCCCAAGCGGAAGAAGCCGUCCGAGAGCGACGGCGACGCGUCCGAUAGAUUGGAAGACGACGAUGACUUCGAGCAAGUCAAGAAGGCCAAGACAAGCAAGAAGUCGCCGGGGCCCAAGCCGGCCAAGAAGAUGCCUGCUGUAGAGAAGAAGCCGACCAAGAAGGAGCCUGAGAAGAAGGAGCCCGAGAAGCCCAAGGACAUGAUGAGCCAGUCGCAAGCGGAAGAGGAAGUGGCCAAGUACAUGCGCCAGACAAACCGCCCCUACAGCGUCCUCAACGUCUUUGAGAACCUCCAUCGACGCAUUGGCAAGACGAUGCUGACCAAGAUCCUCGACGUUCUCGUCGAAAAGGGCGAGAUCAAGUGCAAGACAUAUGGGAAGAGCCAAAUCUACUACUACAACCAAAAAAAGCUGCCGCCCCCGUGCAGCACGACCCUUGCGCAAACCGAAGCCGCCAUUCAGACGGUGGCUGACGACGUGCAGAACGCCGAGCGCGCGCUCAAGGAGGCAGAGUCGGUCCUGCAUGGGCUCUCCAACCAAAUGACGGACGCGGAGCUCGACCAGCAGAUCACCGAGUACACUACGCAAGUGGCAACGCUGUCAGCGACGUUGCAGCGCCUGGACGAUCCGAACCGCGCACCGGUGGCUCCCGAAAAGAAAAAGGCCAUCUCCGAUCAGUUCACCAAGUACAAGACGGCGUGGGUCAAGCGCAAGCGCAUCGUCAUGGACGCCAUCGACCAGAUCGCGGAAGGCAUGGAGAAGAAGCGCAAGGACGUGCUGGAUCUCUGCGGCAUCGAGACGGACGAGAGUGUCGGUGUCAAGGCGAUUCCGUCGCUUUAG